AUGAAGCCCAAGAGCCUCCCGUUCAUCGCCUUCGAGCACAAGCGGGAUGCAUACGGCUUUGCUGUGCGGCCGCAACACCUGCAGCGUUACAAGGAGUACGCUGGCAUCUACAAGGAGGAAGAGGAGGAGAGGUCUGAUAGAUGGAAGAAUUUUCUGGAGAGGCAGCCUGAGUCAUCUGGACAGGACGCUGGUGAUAAUGCUAAGGGUGAUGGUUCUGAAUCACUGCAUGAGAAGACGGUGGCAGGGCCACGGAAGAUUGAAAUAUGGACGCCAAUCAGAUCGUCCCUGAGCAACAUUGAGCAGAUGAUGAGCCUGCGCAUCGAGAAGAAGCAAUCUUCUGCUGGCAAGCAGCAAGCAAAGGACGGAACCCAUCCUGUGAAAGUUGAAGAGGGCAAGUUGUCAGAGGAUUCAGAUGACGAAUUCUAUGAUGUAGAUAAGGUUGAUCCGAGCCAAGAAGUGCAGUCGAGUGAUACUGGGAAUGCUGAUGCCGGAAGCAGGAAUCAAGAAGAAAAUUUCAUUUCAAAGGAAGAGUUGGAGUGUCUGGUCCAUGGUGGACUACCGAUGGCUUUGAGGGGAGAGCUAUGGCAAGCUUUUGUUGGUACUGGAGCUCGUAGGGUAGAAGGGUAUUAUGAUAGUCUUGCAGCAGAGGGUGAAUUAGAUAACAAAUGUUCAGAUUCUCCAACCUCAGAAGGUGUUCAUGAAAAGUGGAUUGGGCAAAUAGAUAAGGACUUGCCCAGAACUUUUCCUGGUCAUCCUGCUUUAGAUGAGGAUGGAAGAAAUGCUUUGAGACGCUUGCUUAUAGCUUAUGCGAAACACAACCCAUCAGUUGGUUACUGCCAGGCAAUGAACUUUUUUGCUGGUCUCUUGCUUCUAUUGAUGCCAGAAGAGAAUGCAUUUUGGACAUUGGUUGGGAUUAUGGAUGACUAUUUUGAUGGCUACUUUUCUGAAGAAAUGAUCGAGUCACAGGUGGACCAGCUUGUUUUAGAGGAGUUAGUUCGAGAGAAGUUCCCUAAAUUAGCAAAUCACCUGGAUUACCUUGGACUUCAAGUUGCAUGGGUUACUGGGCCAUGGUUCUUAUCCAUCUUCACAAAUGUGCUUCCCUGGGAAAGUGUUCUCCGUGUUUGGGAUGUGCUUUUGUUCGAUGGAAACAGAGUAAUGCUGUUCCGGACAGCUAUUGCGCUACUGGAGUUCUAUGGCCCUGCACUUGUGACUACAAAAGAUGCCGGUGAUGCAGUUACCCUUUUGCAGUCUUUAGCUGGUUCCACUUUUGACAGCAGUCAGCUUGUCUUUACAGCUCGUAUGGGAUAUCAAUCCGUAAAUGAAACAAUAUUGCAAGAACUAAGUAAUAAACACCGCCCACCUGUUAUAUCUGCAAUGGAAGAAAGAGCGAAAGGUCUAGGUGUUUGGACGGAUACCAAUGGUCUUGCAUCAAAACUGUAUAACUUUAAACGUGACCCUGAACCACUGGUUUCUUUAAGCGAUUCAACAGACCAGUUGAGUGAUGUGGGAGAUGGGGAUGCCAAUGAAGAAAGUGAUCCUGGAAACAUGGAUGACGAGUAUGGUGGUGUGACAGUGAAUUCUGAGAUUGAUUCUUUGCCUGAUCCAAAGGACCAGGUUGCCUGGCUGAAGUUGGAGUUGUGCCGACUCCUAGAGGAGAGAAGAUCAGCUGUUCUCAGAGCUGAUGAACUAGAAACAGCACUUAUGGAAAUGGUUAAGCAAGACAAUAGGCGCCAAUUAAGUGCAAAGGUUGAGCAGUUGGAACAAGAAAUAUCUGAACUAAGACAGGCCCUAUCAGACAAGCAGGAACAGGAGCAAGCAAUGUUUCAGGUCCUGAUGCGUGUCGAACAAGAACUGAAAAUUGCAGAGGAAGCUCGCAUCUCAGCCGAGCAGGAUGCUGCUGCUCAGAGAUACGCAGCAAAUGUUCUACAGGAAAAGUACGAAGAAGCUAUGGCUUCACUUGCCCAAAUGGAGAACAGAGCUGUAAUGGCAGAAACAAUGUUAGAGGCUACACUGCAGUACCAAUCUAGCCAGCAGAAAGCACUGUCCCCUUGCCCUUCUCCAAGACCAUCAAUGCUCGAUGCAUCCCCUACUCAGGCAAGCCAGAAUUCAUCACAGGAGUUCCAGCCAAGAAGGAAAAACUUGCUUGGCCCAUUUUCCCUGAGUUGGCGUGAUAAGAACCAGGAAAAGCAGAACAAUGCUGAUGACUCUGCGAACACAAAGUUUACCAAUAUUGAUGAAAUGGUAGAAACCUCCAACAGAGAUGAUGAGAAGCAGAGAGAAACACUAGAUCUAGAUAAUGAGCAAAGAGCAGAAUCACCCAAAGAAGAUGGCAAGAUGAGAACAGAGACGCCUGAGAAAGACAACGAUCUGCCAGGGGUCCAACUAGCCACGGACGGUUUGAAUGGGCACCAUGAACAGAUGCAAGAAAUAAAACUGGAUUGA